AGACGUGUUUAAACACACACGAGCAGGAAUGCACGAAUGCCCAUUAGGGACUGCCACAUGUGAAUCACGGCACUGUGCAGUUCUCAGCACGCUGGAGCCAGGACAUGUGAUCCGGCAAAGGGUUUGCAUCCGGAUGCCAACACAAGCACUACAGCUGAGCUCCCGGCCCCAAAAAAGCCCAGCUCCACGCUCUGCAGCGCUCCACAAAGAGCUCCAUUUUUCCACACACCCCCCCUGGUGCGUGUGUGUUUGCGCAGCUUUUCGCGUGUGGCUGAGACAAUCCCAGCAGCCGAUCCCGGGUCUCCCGUGGCCCACCCCCAGAUGCGCUUCGGGGCAGCUGAAAUCCAGCACUGCCUGGUUAAUGCUGGCGAUGUGGGAUGUGGAGUGUUUGAAUGCUUUGAAAACAAUUCUUGCGAGAUCCGAGGCUUACACGAGAUCUGCAUGACAUUCCUGCACAACGCUGGAAAAUUUGAUGCCCAGGGAAAAUCCUUCAUUAAAGACACUCUGAAGUGUAAGGCUCAUGCCUUGAGGCAUAAAUUCAGCUGCAUCAGCCGUAAGUGCCCUGCCAUUAAAGAGAUGGUGUUCCAGUUACAGCGGGAGUGCUACCUGAAGCAUGACCUCUGCUCCGCUGCCAAGGAGAACGUCCAGGUCAUUGUGGAGAUGAUUCACUUCAAAGACCUGCUGCAGCAUGAGCCAUAUGUUGACCUAGUGAAUAUCCUCCUCACCUGCGGCGAGGAGGUGAAAAAGGCAAUAACACAAAGUGUCCAGGCCCAGUGCGAACAGAACUGGGGAAGCCUCUGCUCCAUCCUGAGCUUCUGCACCUCAGCUGUGCAUGGUGACGCCGUCCUGGGUUCUGAGAAGAAACCAGGUGAAGCCAGCAAAGCCGCCGGGGGCCGUGGGGACAUGCUGGCCCACUCCGACUCAGACCACAGGGAGAGCUCACGAGCAUCUAAGGGAGAGAGAGGUACCAAGGGCCACCUGAAUGCUCAUGUCCGGGUGAAAGCUGGGGGCCACGGCCCCAAAGGGGCACACGGGCUCACGGACCGGGCAGAUGAACUGUCCGACUUCUCUGACAUCCGGAGGUGAAAAACGGCACCAACUCCCUGUUACCCCCAUCCUCCCCCUCCACUGGAAACCUCCUCCGUUGAGUCCCAUCUUCCCAUCUAUGGACAUUCCAAAGCAUUUCCCAUUCAGAGGUCAAGCACAGGGCAUUGCAAGAUAUAUAUGGACCUCAGCAACAGUGUAUAUAGUAGCAAAGGGAGAGCAGUGGCAAUGGGUUAUAUAUCCAGCAAACUCGACACUUGAGCAGCCACUGAAUGUGGCAAAACGUCUCAGACUAAAUUCUUUUCCCCUUUUAUUCUGAAAUGGACAUCAGUUGAAAUUUAGGAUCUUGUUUGGGGGGUUUGUUUUGUUUUGUUUUUUUUCUUGGCUCCCUUGGCAGGGGAGAAGGUUCCAAGAGGGCUCUGCCAGAUUGCAUGUGGCUGUUUGUGGCUUAGCACCUCUGAAGGUUUAGGGCACAGCCCUAGAGCAGAUGGCUGAAUUCCAGGGGGAUUUGGUUUCUGCCUGUGGCUGGGAACACAAGAGCUCAAGGCUCUCUAUGUGACACUCUCUAAUUGAAAUAGCUACCCUGUCUCUUGAACAGGAACCAUGUGGUCUGGAGCUCCACCGCUUUCUCUCAGCUAACUUCUGAGCCAUUGUUCCCAUCCUAGUUUAAGUGCCCCCUGUUUGUUUUUUAACCACUGCAUAACUUAGCACUUGCUAAUCCAGACAAUUCAGCAUAUUGAAGAUGACUAGUCAGCUUCCAGAAAAGGCAAUGUGACUGUUAAGACUUGCACAAUGUGGAGGACCCCCAAAAGUAUGCUGGUGGACCCCCUGUGCAUAUUCUCUGCUUUGCACCUGCCCACUGGAUGACAGAGAUCCUUCACCCCUAGAGACAGCCCAAAGUUACAGGAUGGGUGCAGGCUCAGACAACAAAGGACAUGGUAUACUUUGUUCUUCUGCAGGGCUGCAUUGGAGGCCCAGCAGAAAUGUGUCUCUCCUUAGCAGUAUCAUGGUGCAUUUGCUGGGUUGUGGAGCCCCACUUUAACCUGCCUAUCAGCUGUGGUUUAGCCAAAUGCCAAAGAUAAGGAGAGGGGGUGGAUUUGGUGUUUAAUUGUCAUGCAGAUAAUGACCACCAAUCUCUGUAGAAUGAGUUACUGAAGAUGGAGAGUGUAAAGAGCUUAGUGUCUCUAAGCAGCUGUAAGUGUGAACAAGGUGUUUGGACAGGUCUCUCCUACCCCCUAUGCAAUUGUAAUUCUCAGCUUGCAGAUCUGUAAUCUCUUAUCCCCAGAUACUGUACUGGAAAUGGAGGUUAGAGCAUCCACAGGGACAGAAGGGUGAACUCUUCAGCUUCCUCUAGAGAAAAAGCAAGUUUCCUUUAGAAAGUGGGAAUCACACCAGGGAUUUGAGCCUUCUCAUUUAGAAAGUUUGGGAGGAAGGCUGUGGGGGCAGGAAGGCAUCUCAGUAGAGACAGAACGUACCCAGCGAAGUAACGUACGUCUUGCCGCAUGGUGGGAAGGAGCUGCAUAAACAGGAGAAGGUGUUGGAAUUUGGCUACAAUUUCCAACUCGGAUUUUAGUUACUGCUAAGUGAGCACAGCUCCUAAUAGCUGUAUUCAGGGUUUAAUGCAUGAAUCCACCCGCAGAAGCUAUAGGCAUUGCUUUUAAUAGAAGCCACGUAGGAAGCAGGAGAGGACCAUUAAAGUUGGAAAGGUGUGUCUCUAUGUGAUCACCAAGUCUUUGAAGAUAUGACCUUGAUCCUGCCUGAUUAUAACUUAUGUUCUGUGAUAAAAUUUUCAUUUGAGUUAAUUGGAAAGAGGUGGGAUCAGACCAGGUACUACAGGAGCAAAGACCAUGUCAACAUGAGGAGCAGAGCUCCUAGCCAUGACAUUGCCAACUGCUCCGUUGGCUUGUGUGCGGCUGUCCCAUGGAGGAGCUUGCCAAGGUUUGUUUGGGCCUACCUCUGAUGGCCAGCUCUUCUGCUCCACAAACUUAAGUGGCUACUGGUGAUCCUCUAAGGUUUCUAGCAUGCCUCCAUAGGUUUCCUGUGAGUGUCCUCUUCCCCUUGGUGGCACGUAGCCACCACGAAGAACAAGCUCAAACCAAAAAAAAAACG